AUGGGAGCUGUAGUUUAAACAGGCCGUGCCACUGCCAGCUGUCUGACGUCUAGAGGAGCAUUAUACAUGAGGAUCUCUGCAGAGGGAAGUCCAUCAUAGACAUGAAAAUAGAAGCCAGGCGUGUUUGAGGUUUUGGAAACAUGUCCAAGAAAAGGGGCAGGAAGCGCAGCAGCGGCGAGCUGAGCGACAGUCUCACCCCAGAUCCCAACAACCUGCUGGGCCGACGGAUCCAGCACAGCUGGAGGGAGAAGGGCGCGCUGACCAAGUGGAAGGGCACCGUGCUGGACCGCCUCAGCGUCAACUCCUCCCUGUUCAUGGUCAAGUACGACGGCUUUGACUGUGUCUAUGGCAUCGAGCUCUUUAAGGACGAGAGAGUGUCUAACCUGCAAGUUCUCACAGAGAAAGUGGUGAACAACAAGAUCAAGGUUCCUCAUGACGCAGAGGAGCUGGUGGGAAAAGCGGUGGAGCAUCUGUUUGAGAAGGAGGACGGAGAGAAGAACGAGUGGAGGGGGAUGGUCCUGUCCCGAGCGCCCAUCAUGACCAACUGGUACUACAUCACAUACGAGAAGGACCCCGUGCUCUACAUGUACCAGCUCUGGGACGACUACAAAGACGGGUCGUUCCACCACUUUGUUUCCACAGAGAAUAAACACCUGCUGCCUGCAGACAGGAAGCCCGGUGAGGAAACAGAGAGCCUUGUGGGUAAGCAGGUGGAGUAUGUGACGGAUAAAGGGGUGAAGAGAACAGGCCUCGUCAUCUACCAAGUUCCCGCCAAGCCGUCUGUCUACUACAUCAAAUAUGAUGAUGAUUUCCACAUCCACGUGUAUGACCUGGUCAAGACCACCUAAAAAACCACAGACAAAACAAAGAAACCCACAGCGCUUCACCUCUUCAUAGCUUAAGCAUCAUCGCCUCUCAUUGUACAGUCUGCCAUGCCUCGCCGUGAAUGGCUGGCCGCGGAGGUGCUGUAUGAAGCGUCCGUGUACAGGGUUUGUUAUUUUGUGUUGAUGUCACAGCUUAGGGAGACGAUUUUUACAAUUGUCAUAUCAAAACAGUGUAUUUAUACGUGUGCGUUGGGCAUCAUUUGGUAUGUUUAUAAUCUCAUGGACUAGCUUUCAUUCACCCGUAAACCAUGGAGAAGGUUGCAUUUUCAUAUGUACGAAUGUUCAAGGAGUUUUGAAUUGUAAAUAGUUCUGACCGCAGGUAAAAAAAAAGUCACGUCAGAGUGACAUUUGAUUACAGAUCGUGCAGCGAGACUUUCUAACUGACCUAUUUAUUGAACUAAUGCGCUUCCUAACCCAGAAUUGCUGUUAAAACCUUUGAGUUGGUAUUAUGCGACGCAUAUUGUGGCUUUUAGUUGCGUUUUCCCCCAAAUCAGAUCACAUCUGCAGUGAAACAAAUGAGCGCCAUUAAAGAGGGUUGCCCGUUUUGUCCUGUAUGAAAUAAUUCAUGCUUUAUUAUUUGUUUUGUUGUUAAACAGCAGAAGAGCACUUGCAUCUGAACACCAAACCAACCAAACUAAAGCUACAAUUUUGAAUGUCAAGCAUAGCAAAAAUGAAAACUAUUAUUGCAAACUACAAACAUCAUAACAUCUGCCUUACUGUGAAAUAAAUUGGUCUUAAAUUAUUAUUUUUAUUAAAUUCAUUAUAUUCAUGCUCAUGUUUGUGUCCCAGCCGAUCUGACCAGAGCUUCAUGAUUUCAUGAGUUGUAAUGAGGAGUGAUUUUUGACUUCAUGUGUCAGAUCGACUCACAGCCCUUAAUAGUGAUAAAUGAGCAGAACUUUAAAUGCCUUUUGUGACUCUUUUUCCUCCUCUUGCUUUUUGCAUCACUUCACGUUUUGUUGUAAAUGAUGCACAGGAGUGUGAUUAUUGCCCACCUGUUCAUGUAGCUGAUUAGACCUUUUUUUGCUUGUAGCAUUUGCACUUUAUUCUUUAAAUGUUGUCUGUAGCUCCAAAGUGUCCCACAGGAAGUCAACAAUUAAAAAACACAGUCCGAAAAUAAUUGUUCUUUGCGGCUACAAAAAAAGUGACUUACCUGAUUGGCAUCGCUAAAACAAAAUAUACAGCAAGCAAUUUGAACUCAACUGAAAUUGUGCAAAUUGUAUAUGAUAUUAUUAGUAUAUUGUAUUAAUCUAAUCCCAUACCAGUCGUAAGUGUCAAUUUUUCGAACUUGAGAUUUAUACAUCAUCUGAAAGCUGAAUAAAUAAGCUUUCCAUUGAUGUAUGGUUUAUUAGGAUCGGACGAUAUUUGCCCGAGAUGCAACUAUUUGAAAAUCUG